UGGCCAAUUUCCUAUUGGCACCCACUUCCAGAGAACACAGUGAGCUCCACUGAUGAUGGGUCAGGACCCAAGUUUGGCACACACAUCCAACAUGGCCAACUCUGAAUACUGCCAGGGUGUGCGUAAUUCCAUUUUGGGGUUUGACGAAAUUCAGUGAUCCGGCAGCCAAAUUUCCCCGAAUCCCAAAAUGCACAAUAAUAGAAUUAUUGACUUGGGAGGGGGCAGUCCAAGCCCCGGCUGGAACGGACCGUGUGACAUCAGAUCCUUCGGCAACAUUUAAAUUAAUCAGCUGCUCUGUGAUUGACAACAGCAGCCGUGUGUUUUUUCUCUGCUAGCCUUGCCAGAGCCAAGAAGAAAGUGAAUCAUGUGUCUUUUCGGAAAGCUGCUCUAUAUAUACUAGGGUGAGUUGAUCCAUUUUUCUGGACCUAACUUGGUACACAGAACCCCCAUGACCAACAUAAAAUACUGGAAAGGUAUUUGUCACACAUAUCCUAAACUUAAGUAACGCUACCAUCUAAAGUGAAUAAAAAGAUUCCUCCUCUACCCCACAUCUUCACAAUUGGUGGCAAGCGGCGGGAUUCGUGUAACACCACUAAUUCAGUACCUAAGAUCACUUAAAAAGAAAAGUUGUGAGGUAAAAGUUGUAGAAAAUGGCCACCAAAAGACAGGAAAAGACCACCAUGUCAGAGAUGGUGAUGAAAUAUCAACUAGAGUUGAAGAAAUUAGAAAUGGAAGAAAGAGAGAAGGAGAAAGACAGACAGGCAAAGGAAAGAAAGAAGGAGAAAGACAGGCAGAGUUGAGAAAGAUGGAGAUAGAAUGGGAAAGACAGAAGCUGACACUUUCCCAGCCUUCUCUGGUAACACAACCAGGAACUCCUAGUGAUUUAGCCUUAAAGAGGUUUUCUAAAUAUACUAAGGAGGAUGUGGAGAUACAGCGGAUUGAGCUUGCACCACUUUUGAAGAUGCCAUUGUGUCCAGGAGAUUCUAUGUGCCUGAUUGAUUAUAAGUGGUUUAUGAAGUGGAAGAGAUAUGUGGGUUUUGAAAGUUGGGACCUGUAUUAUGCAGGAAAGCCUGAUCACUACCCAGGACCCAUUGACAACUCAAAACUUUUUGAAGAUUCAGAAACUCAGACUUUAAAAAAGUAUCGCAUGAAUAGAGUGGAUUAUGAGGUGAUUCCUAUUGCAGCCUGGAAUAAGUUAGUCAGUUGGUAUGGUUGUAUAGAGGGACAGAGACCAAUUGAGAGAAAGGUUGUGGAGCAUGGCAAAUAUUUCAAGCACUGUGAAGUGGAAGUUUAUCCUUCAGAGUUGAAACUAUGUCAGAAUGACGACUCCACGGAUCUUGUAAGCUCUCAAUUUAAACAAGCAGAAGAUUCUGCUGAAGAUGGAGAAAUCAUAGACCCCCAAGAGAAGUUAUCUGGGUCACAGCUUGAAAUUCAUUGCGUGGCUGAGGUAAAUGAGUCACCAGUGGCUAAAAUCCCUGUUCAGCGCUGUAAUGACGCAGGAGUAGGACAAGCUGAGGUGAUGGAGAAUUUAGAAGUGCCAGUCACUGAUGAGAAUGAUUUACUUGAGCAUUUUCCCCCUCCUUCCCCCCCCCCCAUCAUUUUGAAAUGUAUUUGUCGUGCAAUGCUUUUGACACAAAAUAAAUAAAUAACUUGAGCAUUGUGGAGAAAUGACCAUUGUUAUAAAGAAGAGUAAUGGUUUAAAAAGUGACUGUGCCAUAACAAAAGAUUUGCCAGAGAAAGAUGGUGACAUGAAGUUGCUUGGUGCUAACAGAAAAAACAAUGCGGUUCCCAGUGAAGAUGGGAAGGAGGAAGAUGAAGUUCUGAGGGAAUUUUGGGAAAUGACUGAUUCUAUUUACUCAGUGAUUACCUCUUUGGUCACUGCAUGUACAGAGCAUGGUCAGUAGUUGUGGCCAAGAAAAAAUUUACCUCAGGAAACCACCAAAUUUGAUCCAGUUGAAUUACUGUGUGCGGGAGAGCCCAAGAGACCAAAGAACACCUUUAUGAAAGGAAAAAAGAAGAUGGCCAGGAACACCGCCAAAGAACAUCUAGCGAAAGCCCCAGCAAAGGAGAUAAACAAAGAACCAGCUAAGAUUAAAGAGAUUCCCCUGAGGAAAUUCACCAAUUGGACUGGACUGGACCAUGGAAAAUCGUUAAAAGACACAGCAACAUGAACUAUGUUUCCCAAGACUUCUUAAAUGACUCUUGGAAGUUUUGCAAAAGACAUUUUGGGACAGAGGGAGUUGCUGGGAAGGAUGAGUGUAAUUGUCACUGGCAACAUGUUAACAUCUGGAAUGUGCGCAGUGUGAAACAUCUAUAUGCUGUGCUAGGUGGCAUGAAGAGGAUCCCUGUGAUUUGGUUGAUUGGUCUAGUGUAUGAAUAAAAAUUAAACUGUUAGAAAUAUGAUUUAUGGAAAAUGUAUUUUAAAAUGUCUUUUGAUUUGAGGUUGUGAAUCUUAACAGUAGAAAAGAUGGUAAGACUGGACAUGUGUAUAGAAAUGUUUAUGCAUAUUACUUACAUAACUGUAUGGUAAGAUAUGAAUAUGUUAUGUGUAUAUGCAACAUUGAAGGUUUUUAUUUAUGAUUUAUGUGUUGCAUGAUAAUAUGUUAAGAUUAUAUGUUAAAUGUAUGUUACCAUGUAUUGUUGUAUAUGUUUAGAUACAAUCCAUAUUAUUUGUGACUAUUCUAGGUUAUAGAAAAGUCAAAAAUAAUCUUUAUGGGUUGGGAGGUGUAAAGAAGUGUGUGUUUUGUUUUGAUUUAUGGAUGACAUGUUUGUUUGAUUU